UUGUGAGUAUAAGGGUAUUGUUGGUAUUUGAUCAAAUGGAUAAAACAUACGGACUGGAGCUGGAACCGUAUUUCUGCGAGCUGCAUGUCAAAACUCAACCCAUCGCCUUCCAAACGACGACCACUGCAAAUGGAAAGGUAAGUAGAGAAAGGCCCAAUGGGUUAUCUACUUUAAAGAGUCCUUUAUCAAAGCUGGCCCACGGGACAUAG